GCUAAUUACUAACCGUAGAUCGAACUCCAUGGUUAUUACACGCAUAGCACUCACGGCGCCUUGCCUAUAUAAACAGGCUUGCACGUCCGCCUAAACGAUAUCACCAGUUCCUCACCACCCCUGCAAAGCCAAGAAACAAGAGCACAUGGCUACCAUGGCCGAGCGCCUCGCCCUCGCCUUCCUGCUUGCGGCCGCCGCCGCUCUGGCGGCAUCGGCGGUGGACACCAAGCUGACCCUGCAGAACCUGUGCCCGUUCCCCGUGCGCCCGCUGGUCACCCCCAACGGGAACUUCUCCUCCAUCUCCGACAACACCAUCGAGCUCGACCCCAACGGGGGGCUGGUCUCCUUCCCCUUCCCGGACACCUUCUGGGCUGGCAGCGUGGUGGCGCGCACCUUCUGCAGGACGCCGACCAGCUGCGACACGGGCUCGUCGCCGCCGAGGACGGUGGUGCAGCUGGCCGUGCACUCCACCGAGGACCUCGCGACGUACAGCGUGAGCCUCGAGGACGGCUUCAACCUGGCGACGGUGGUCACCCCGCUGUUCAGCGACGGCGGGCAGUGCCCGGCGCUGGGCUGCCCGCUGAACCUCACCAACGGGUGCCCCGUGGAUCAGGUCAAAAUCGACGACUGCCGCAUCAUCGUGGCGUGCAAGGGGGACCCCGGGUACUUCAAGCGGCGGUGCCCGCUGACGCGGGUGAACGGUACCGACCGUGAGCCACUGCCACAGAGCUGCAUCGCGCCCCGCGAGCUCAAGGUCGUCUUCUGCCAGACGGAGCUCGCCCAUCUGACCAUGGUCGGUGCCGCCUCCGCCCAGACGGAGCUCGCCCAUCUGACCAUGGUCGGUGCCGCCUCCGCGCAGACAGAGCACAUGUAAUUUCAUGAUAAAUAAGCAGCUGGUCAGCAUUCAACUUACUGUAGGGAGAAACAGAUUGAUGCGCCAAUCGGUUUCUAUCAUACUGUAAAUCUUCGAAAAUGAGCUUAUUACAUCGUAACUGGCCUCUCGAUAUAGAGCCCACGCACAAAUUAAAUGAUGAUAGCGAAGACCCAUUCUUUGCAAAUAUAAAAUUGAGAAUUCCUUAAGCAAAUGAAUGUGAAGAUAAUAAGGAGGAACAACACACGCGCGCUGGAUUACCAAGAAAGUUAACAAUUCGAACCAAGAUAUCAUCAGCCAUGCAACGUCAACACUUAUCAAUAAGUUUCCGACCAUUGGUAAUUAAGCCUCUUUUCUGAAACUGUAUGUCGUACUGGUGUGCAGCUUGUUCACAAGUGAAGAGAAGCAAUGGGACUGGGAUCGAUGUUCAUCAUGUUGACAGAUGUGCUUGUUGUUCAUUAGAUUUUGGUUGGCAUGUAUGGAUGCCUGAAAGGCUGAACAUGGUAUAGUGACGAAUAUUUCUAGUGAGCACCCACAAUUAAUGAUGAAUAGAUUGGAAGAUGACAGAAUGCUUUUGGAAGAUGACACAAUUAUUUGCAGCGA